AUGGAAAGAAAUAACAAAGUUUUAGAAGAAAUCAGUAUUCCUACAAGUGAUUUGAAGAUAAAGUCCAUUCAGGAUUUGUUGAAGCUGUCAAAAGAAUCCUCUGGCAACAAUAAGGAGUUUUGGAAUCAGGUUGCAGACAAUCUGUGGUCACAUUUACAAACAGGAUUUAAAACAUUUGAUGAUCAGUUACUGUGUGCUACAUGUUUCUAUACAGUGUUACCAUGCACAGACAAACAGGAUACCUAUUUAACAGAAUUAUUGCAUAUGAUUGAAGAGGAAUUGUCCAAUAGAAAUAAAGAAGACAGCUCAUCUAAAACAUAUAAUGUGGUGUCAAUGAUGUACGGAAUAUUUCAAUCAACUUUUCUAAUUCAGAAAACCCACAGUGAUGUCACUAAAUCAGUUUUGAAACCAGUAUUUGAUUUACUUCUGCUUAUGGGAUAUGAAUAUUCACAGUAUACAUUCAUUUCAUUUAAGACCAUGAAGUUAUUCAAAAAAGUCCUGGGCACUGAUUUUCAAGAAUGCAUCUUUAGCAAAGAACAUCAAAUCAAGUUACUUAACUUUAUCAACCAUAAUUGGGAGAACCCUGUAACUGGAAUAAGAGAUUUGAAUAGAUCUGUGUUCCAAACAUUAUUAACAACACUAGAUGAUGAAAUGUACCAAACAGUGAUGCAAGAAAUCAAUUCAUUCUACUGGAACAAAGCAAAGUAUUUAAUGCUUUCAGAGGUCAUUGAAUACAAAAAUGCAAAAUCCCUUUCUUUGUUAAAUGAAAAUAAGUGGGUUGAUGGUCUCACAUACAGUUUACACAAACCAGGGCUAGUGUCUGCUGGAGCUGACAUGUACUAUGCAUUGCUAAAACAAAUCGAUUUCGAAAAAGAUUGGUGUACAGUGUUUCUAAAUGAUGUCAUCAAAAUUCUAAUUGGAUCUAGCAGCAAAGCAAUUGAGAAUUUUCAUAAUUUCUGGUGUUUGAUAACCAUGAAGAAGUUUCCAAGUUUACACCACAUAUUGCUUGAAGAGUUGAGGAAUCAUGAUAAGAUUGAGCAGAAUCUGUGCAGUCAACUAUGUAUAAUGAAACAAGCCAAUAGAAAAGGUUUGCUUGAAAAGAAUUGGAAAUCUCCUGAACAUUUUGAUCACAUUGAAAAAACUGUAUUGAUAGGUUUAGAUCAUUGUAAUGCUUACAUAAGAACACUAGCUUUUGAUAUAGUCUGUGUAUCACAAGGGAAGGUAGCUCCAAGUCAAUUAGAAUAUGAUUUAAUAUUAGAAUUCAUACACAAUAAUAUAAAUUCAGAUUGCACUGUGUUAAGGUUGAGUAUGUUGAAUAGUCUUAAUAUAUUUUUAACACAACUGCAUUCUACAUUUUUAAAUGUCAUGAUCAAAGACGAAACUAAUGAAUCUUUCCAAAACAGAAAAAUACUAUUGGAAUUUUGUACUAAAUUACAGAAUUCUGUCGUCACUUCAAUCAAUUUAAAUGGUAACUAUCAGAGAAAGAUCACUUCUGUAAAACUUUGUAGUACAAUAAUAAGUUGUUUUAGUGAAAUUCCUAAUAAGAGAAGAGGUCAGAUACGAAAUAUGAACAUGACAUUGAUUGAGUAUGUGAAAGAAAAAGGAUGUUGGGUUCUGUCCACUGACGAUUUUGUUUUAAAGCUAAUCAGUUUGUUAAAAGACCCUACAGAUGAUGUGAGGGAGAAUGUGGUAAAGUUACUACUGAACCAUUACUCUGAGGAGUUAAAGAACCCAAACAUUAACCAACAUUUAGUAAAUGGCGCUCUGAAAAGCAUGAGAAGCAAAUUCUUUUAUGAAAUCAGCUGUGGCCAGAGCAUGUUCAAAUUAAUAACUAAUUUAGUAAUUAAACACAAACAUUCCAUAGGGCAGUACAAAAAUGUAGAAGACAUAUUUUAUUUUGCGUACAAUGAAUUAAUAAGUGAACAUAAAGCGAAAACGAAUAUAAUGAAAUCAAUUGAAAUGGGGAAACAGUUACAUUCCUUCAUGAACAUUUUAUUAGUUGUACUGGAAACAUGUAUAGCAAAUUCAUACAAAAUUGAUAUUAAUGGUGUUAUGUCUGAGUUUGUCGAGGUUUUGGAAAGUAUUUCUAAUCAAUUUGCUUGGGAAGAAGACAGUUCAACAAGUUCAGAUUUUUCAAAAAUGAGUGAUAUGGUAGAGAAUAUUAUUGAUAACUCUGGCUUGACAGUCAAUGAUGAGAUUGAUGAAACAAAAAUAUCAGGUUUUCAUCAAAUAGUGUUGAAUUCUCUAUGGCUGAAUGUUAAGGCAUCAUGCGACCUAUCGUCGCUAUUGGUACAACUGAAUGUGGACGAUGCCGUUAUGGCAGAGAAAUGUCUUAACAUCAUAACUCAUGUGUUGGAGACAUCUCGACACAAAGGAGCUAUAGAAGCCGCUGGAGCUUCCUUAGGAAAGGGCAUUCAAUUCUUAACUUCAUUGCCAGAAGAAUAUAAAACUUCAGAAGUACCUAACACAUUACUUAAAUGUAAACUGAAUGACUUAAUAUCAGAAACAAAUAAAAUGGCAUCUAUAACGAGAAGAGGUGCAGGUCUGUCUAUAAUGGUGCACAGAAUUGUAUCAAGUGAUAUGAAGAAGGGGAAACCAUUAUUCCACUACUUCAUUAAUACUUUAUUGGAGAUCUGUAAUUCGACAAAGGAUACUCCUAAAAGAAAUGAUGAAAAUCAAAUUGAUCUACCAAAAGCAAUCUACAUACAUUUCUUAACAAGAAUCGUCACUGACAGCGGUUUGGCUUCAGACAUGAUGUUUUAUUUUGCUAAAUUAGCCGAGCUUGCUUUUGGUAAUCUUACUAGUGCUCAUUGGCAAAUCAGGAAUGCGGCUCUUCAGUUGUAUGGAGCCUUGAUCCCAAAACAAAUUGGUGAGAAGAAAGCUUCAGGUAGUGAUGAGCAAACUACAGCGACUGUCGCAUGCGAUGAGCUCCGAACUCAUUCACCAAAGCUAUGGAAAUACAUAAUGCAACAGUUAAAGCUAAGCAACCAACCAGAUAUGGUACAGUCACACUCAAACUUAGUACCAAUUCUGAAUCUAUUGGCAAAUAGUGCAAAGCGAUACAACUUUUCUUUUGAUAUGCAAAAUCAGGAAACUGCUGAUGAGGAUUUGUUAAAAUGUUUGCUAUUACUCCUCAACAGUCCCAUACAUACAGUCAGGCGAUUAACAGCUAAAUGCAUAUUUAACAUCUAUGAUGUACAAAAAAUCUGUAGUGUUCUACUAAAUCAUGUUUUUUUAUCAGAGAAUGAUCUGCACGGAAGUUUAAUUUUGUUAAGCUUAUGCCAAAAAUAUUAUGUAUUGAAUCAAGCAUAUAAAGAAUUUAAGCAGCUCAAGCAUAGAUUUGAGAAAAUAUUUUCUAGUGGUAACCAUUCAUAUCUAAGCAAAACAUUGUUUGAAGAUAUUUUCAUAAACAGUUACAUAUUAGAAGAUAUGGCAGCAACAAUUUUGGAAAUUAUUAGCUCAGUGCACUUGCCUGGUGUUGACCUGUGGGCAGAAGCUCGAAUGAAGAAAUAUAUAAAGUUAUCUGAAUGGAAUGAAAUACCAAAUCUGUUACAAAUCAUAUUGAAAUUAAGUAAUUACGAAAAGUAUUGUGAAUUUAUUCUCAUCAAAGUUAAGGAGCAAAAAUGCUCAGACACAGGUCAUUUAUUAAAUAUAGUUGAUAUUUUGCUAUCAUUUGAGAAGAAAUAUUACAGUAGUAUUACAUGGAAAAUAAUUUAUGAUAUAUCUUUACAAACUAAUUUAUCAAAUCAUUUAGAUAUAGCCGAACUUUUGAAAGUUGUAGAGGAAAGGCAAUCGGUGUACAUUACAAGAUUUAUGAUUCCAUUGAUGGCCAGAAAUAUUAUGUACCUGCAGAAAGACGGCCAGUUGUCCUUGGUGCAGAUCAUUCGAAAAUUAAGUGAUUUUGAAAUAUCGGAUGUUGAUAUGAGAUAUAUCGCAGCUAUAGCUAACAAUGAACUAGCAAAUGAAUUUGAUAACUUGCCAGAUUCAGUGAAAGUUAUUACAAUUAAAUGUGCAAUAAUGCUUCUACAGGAUGAAGAUGAGGAUGUUAGAAACAAAAGUGUAAUAUACUAUAGUAAAUUAAGUAAACAAGAAAGAGUUAUUCAACCAUAUAUUUGCUUAAAUAAUAUACUUAAUAGACAAUUUUUGUACAAGAAACUAAAUGGAUCUCAACAUUCAAUGAAUGAACUUGUAAAAGAACUUUCUAAUAUAUUACAAUCCAACCACAACAUUGAUGAAUACAAUCCUUUUGCUAAUGAUUCCAAAAAUAUUUACCUUGAACCUGAUGUACUUAAACAGCUUAUUAAAAACUUGAAAACUCCUUAA